GCCCAAAUCAAAGUCCUUGCACCAACUGGGGAAAACCCAGCCAUAAACAUCCCCCUGACAGUGUGGGCAAUCCGUACAAUGUAAUAGGACUCCCAAAAUGCACACAUAUUUACUCACAAUAUCGGACCAGUGUUACCCCAAAUCAAAGUCCCCCCACAUCCCCAAACACACCAUCACUGACCACACCCACACACUUACAACGGAGCUGUCCCUCCUCACAGCCAUACUGUUCUCCACCGUCUCCAGUUGUAGGAGAAUGGCUCCAAGAGCAAGGACAUUGUGAGUACGAGUGCUACGUGCACUACCCAGGCUAUGAGAGCUUGAAGCUGUCAAAGCAAAAAGAAAAGCUGAGGCUGCAGUUAAGAUAAGGGGGAAGCUAGCCUGGGGAGAGACUAAGGCAAUGGAAUGUGAGGAACAGUGUGAAAAGCCGUGUGAUGAUUAAUGCUGGACCAAUAGCUAUGCGAGCAAGACGCGUGAUUUCUGUAUGCUAACCAAUCAUGAGCUGUCUAUCUCCGUGUGCACCCUGUAUUUCUGUAUGAGCUGAUUUGGGCAAUAAAUCGAAGCUCCACCAUUACUUCUAUGAAGACAUGUGGUUUGUUUUGGGCAACCUUCCUCGAAGUGGCGCCCGAACAGGGACCCGGGAAAGCCGCACAAGUUGCCACCGUGAUUCGACGUGGAGGCAGCGGGACGCUCGAGAGUUGUCACAGUGGUUUGACCUGGAGGUAACGGGAGUGGGGAAGGUUGCUGCGGGUAAGUGCUGUUUGCCAAGAGGACAGUAGCUCAGAGCAUCGUGUGCCGAGAGGAAACGACUCAGACCCGCAGCGGGGUGAGUGCUGUAUGCCAAAAAUGAUGGUAACUCGGGUAGGAAGAUUGCGCAGCUUCCUCCUCCACUACUUGCUGCUUGCAUGGAUGUGGAAUUUGCAGCAGCACAGACACUGCUUCUUACUAUCCUCGCUAAGCGAGGGGAGACAGUGAAGGACAAAGACCUAGCUAAGAUAGUAACGUGGGCCCGAGAACAGGGGUUCUUGAAGGCUUCUCCACUCAUUUUCGUAGUGAAAGAAUGGCGUGAAAUUGGGGACUGCAUGUGGGACAGAGCCAUUCAGGGCAAGGCGAAGGAGACUACAGCCCUAGGCGCUACCUCGCAAAUCAUGAUUAAAACUCGUGAUUAAGACUAUGAGAGUGGAGGCGAACGUGGCUGCCUCUGCUACCCAAGUUAUAGCCGCUCCUGCGAAGGCAGGGUCCUCUAAUUUCCCCAAGAGUUGCUCUCAUCUUUUCAAUCUCUUUAGAGGACCAAUGGCAGUGAGGGGCCUGGUGGGGUCAAGGCAGUGUUCAUCCAUGCCGAAAUUGUUGAGGGGUGGGAGCAGGGGCCUCCGCAGACCACGCUGCAUCAGCACCUCCCGAGGAGGAAGCUCCUUCUCAGCCGGCUGCGGCGACUGGCAUUAAGAUGCGGAAGUACAUCGCGGCAGAGAGCAAGGGGGCAUGGCGAGCCGGCCGACGCUGUAUCCGCCCCUGCCAACCUCCGAGCCUCCUCCCACUGCUGAUCUGCCAACCUCCGAGCCUCCUUCCCCCACUGAUCUGCAGCAAGUCCCUCUGCCAGUUAGUGGAGAUGAGGAGUCUGACUCGGAGGCAGACUUAUUCCCUCCUGAACAUCAUCAAGUUUCUAUGGCAAUGCCAGGACAACCUACAGUAUCUGAAUUAGGGAGACAAAGCGACAAAGCCGUACAGAAGCUAGAGGGUCGACGGGACCACGCGCUGAACUUAGUCCCUAUAAAACCGGCCCAAUCGGUGCAACAACUGGUUCAGCAAAUCCCGGCUGUGGAGUCCUGCGUUCCAAAGCCAUCCUCUGCUCCUCUGUCUCAUUAUACUGUGGCAGAAGGGGCUCCAGUAAUGGAACGGAGAUGGACUGGCAUAAUUUGGGAUGCCAUUCUGGAAGGUGAGUGGCAAACAGCAGGUGCGCUUGUCUGUCCACUCAUGCAGAGUCCCCAAGGACCGCAAUAUGAGCAACACGAGUGGAAAGUUUUGCAGCAAGCGAAAAAGACUGUAGGAGAGAAUGGGAUAAAGUCUGAUGUGGCGCGAAUGAUGCUUGAUUGGCUAUUUACUGUUGAUGUUAAUUCCCCGAUGGACUGUGCUAAUCUGGCUAGGCUGUUGUUAACUCCUUCUCAAGUUAUUAUUUGGCACUGGGAGGGGGAACACUUAGCGCGGGUGGAGGCUGGGCGUCCGCGUAACCAGGGGGAUGUCUUGUAUGGGAUUAAUCCUGACAUGAUAACAGGUUUGGGAGCAUAUGGGAAUAUGGCAGCACAGUUAACGUAUCCUUUGCAGCUGCAUUACUUGGCAGCUCAGCUGGCUAAGAUGGCCUUUAAUGCUGUGCCUGACAUGCAACCUUGGCCAUCGUUCGCUGCCACUCAGCAGGGCCCAACCGAGCAAAAUCCACCAUUUUUGGACAGGCUGUGGAAGGCUCUUGCCAGUCAAGCAGAGAUGUCUGAGGAAACUAAACAGAGCAUGUUUCAGCUGCUUGCCUUUGAGAAUGCUAAUCCCUCUAUGAAGUGCCUGCUGGCUACACUCCCAGAAGAUGCUGGGGUUGGAGAAAUGUUGGAUCUUGCUAGUAGGGCAGAGCAACAGCGUAGUGGGCAAGUUAUGGCAAAUGCCGUGGCACAAGCCAUCCUACCCACUGCGAGGCUGCUUGCAGCAGCUGUGAUGAGAAUAAGUGGGAAGGAUGGAGGGCAGAAACCGGGGAUAUGUUUCUGCUGAGGGCAGAAAGGUCAUUUUCACUGUGCCUGUCGCACCAAGGUCUGGUGUGAGCAGUGGCAUGGGCCCUCUCCAGGUGGUGAGAUCAGUGUGUAAAUUUGGUAUCAGAUGCCUUAUACAUGGUAAGAGUAGUGCUACGUAUAGAGCAAGCUUUGAUUAAGCUCCCCCAGGACCCAAGACUAGCUCAACUCUUCUUGCAGGUGAAGCGGGCAAGAGAUGAUCGCUCUGUGCCUUGUAGCAUCCUGCAUAUCAGGAGUCACCUAGGGACCCAGGGUCUAGGAGAGGGCAACGCUUGUGCUGAUGCACUUCUCAGUCCACUACUACAUGCCCCGCAGGAUUCCUUUCAGGCCGCAAGAAGCAGCCGUAACAUGUUCCAUCAGUCGGCUAAGGCACUGAGGCGCCAGUUUGGCCUGACGGGUACAGAAGCAAAGGGCAUUGUGCGGGCAUGCUCUCAGGGUUCACAGCACGGGUCUAGCCUAGGUCUAGGAGUUAAUCCAAAGGGUUUACAAGCCUGUGAGAUUUGGCAGAUGGAUGUCACUCAUGUACCAGAAUUUGGGAGGUUAAAGUAUGUACAUGUAUCCAUUGAUUCCUUUUCUAGAAUGCUGUGGGCUACGGCACAGGCUGGUGAAAAGGCAGCCCAUGUGGUGAGGCAUUUGACAGCUUGCUUUGCAGUCAUGGGCGUGCCUCAGGAGAUAAAAACGGAUAAUGGUCCGGCGUACACGGGAGGUUGGGUUCACAGGUUCUUGCAGAUGUGGGGGGUAAAGCAUGUCACUGGAAUCCCUCAUAGUCCCACGGGUCAAGCAAUGAUAGAAAGAGCUCAUAGAACUGUUAAAGAAUACCUAACGAAACAGAAGCAGGAGGAAGAGAUUGAUCCAGUCGUGAGAUUAUCACGAGUCCUUUUUACCCUUCACUUCCUUAGCUUAGUAGGAAAUGCAGAAUUAGCUCCCGUAAUUAUACAUCAUAGUCAGAUUCGUAAGCAGUCUACUCCCUCAGAGAAGGUUCAAUAUAGGAACCCUACCACUGCCAUGGGGGAGGGUCCUGCUCCGCUUCUGUUUAACAGUAGAGGUUAUAGUUGUGUCUCCCCAGGAUCUGGCCCAUUAUGGGUUCCCAGUAAAUGGACCAAGCCAGCCCCGAACAUCAACAACCCAUCUCAACCCUACGACUACAACAGCGACUCCGGCGAGCAAUAGCCGCGUGGUGUACAGACAUCAUCCAUAGUGCCGCGACUGCCAGGCUGCUACCGGUAUUCCCUCAGCAGAUGGCAGAAAACAUCUCAUCGGGAAGGCCUCUUGGCCACUGGGAACUGCCAGGAGCAAUUAGCGGUUACAAGAAUCAGAAGUGCACUAAUUGUGGGGUCGGGUACAGUUAUUGAUCCAGUGCGGGGGCUGUGGUAUUUUUACUCAUUGGGAUACUGAAACUGUAGGUAAAACUGGUGUGCCGUGUGGUCUUAGCUUACUGACGAGGAACGCUUUGUAGAAGUGUGUAGCACAAAUCUAGUGCGUUCUUAUAGACAGUGGUUGGUGUGCUGAUAAGCGUGCCUUGCUUACUGUAAUGCUCGCAAAGAAAUGGUUCAAGAUGUGAUUCCUACUACCUGGCUUGUGCCAAAAGAAAAAGGGGAAAUUGUAGGAGAGUGGCUCAGGGAGCAAAAAUUUGUGAGCUCGAGUGCUAUGUGCACAGCCCAGGCUAUGAGACUUUGAAGCUGUCAAAGCAGGAAGAAGAACAAAGGCUUCAGUUAAGAUAAGGGGGUAGCUAGCCUGGGAAGAGAUCAAGACAGAGGAAUGCGAAGAACAGUGAAAAAAGCCGUGUGAUGAUUAAUGCUGUACAAAUAGCUAGCGAGCAAGACGCGUGAUUUCUGUGUGCUAACCAAUUAUCAGAUGCCGUGUGCACCCUGUAUUUCUAUAUAAGUAUGGGCUGAUUCUGGCAAUAAAAACCCCUUUAGAAGUUUCCACCAUUA